AUGAACCAAAUCAAAACAUUUCUUUACCUAACUCAACUUAGCCUAACUCAACUUAGCCUAACUCAACUUAGCCUAACUCAACUUAGCCUAACUCAACUUAGCCUAACUCAACUUAGCCUAACUCAACUUAGCCUAACUCAACUUAGCCUAACUCAACUUAGCCUAACUCAACUUAGCCUAACUCAACUUAGCCUAACUCAACUUAGCCUAACUCAACUUAGCCUAACUCAACUUAGCCUAACUCAACUUAGCCUAACUCAACUUAGCCUAACUCAACUUAGCCUAACUCAACUUAGCCUAACUCAACUUAGCCUAACUCAACUUAGCCUAACUCAACUUAGCCUAACUCAACUUAGCCUAACUCAACUUAGCUCAACUCAACUUAGCCUAACUCAACUUAGCCUAACUCAACUUAGCCUAACUCAACUUAGCCUAACUCAACUUAGCCUAACUCAACUUACUUAG